GGCUUUCAUAUGCGACGCGUUGGAGAACUACUUGGCCCCCCUGGUGGAGCACAUGAGAAAACACGUCAACGUCUACAGUGGCUCCGUCGUCAGAGGGGGCGGUAAUUGGGACCUCGCCGUCCGCGUCCUCAACAACAAGGAGCGCGAGUUCAGCGUGAUAUUGGGUUGGAUUGGCGUGGAUGGCGCGCUCCUCAAGCCUGUCAUUGCGAGCAAAACCGAGGACCUUGUCGACCUUCUCCCCGACCUCGACGACGUCGUAUCCAGCCUCAAACGUGACCGCCUAGAAGCAGGCUUGGGCCUGGCCGCCAGCGCGCCCAUUUGCCACUGCACGGACGUCUACGGCAAGCAUCGAUUGAAGCUCGCCGAAUUCUACAUGGGCAAAUACCCCGAACAGACGACUACCGUCGUUGCCGACACUCCGAAAGCCGACGGUUCGCAGGCAGUGGAUCGCUUCAGUGAGCCCCUGACAGCCAUCGCUGGCGACCCCGUUCACGACGCCGCCGCCUCGCGGCCGAUCGAUGCCCACCGCGAGCUGUCCGAGGUCAUUGCGUUGCGGCGGUGCGCGAGCCCGUCGUGCAACGACUGCCGGGAUUUCAUUCACGACCACCAGGACAUUUUGUCACGUUUGUCAGCGCCGCCUCCGGACGCCCCGCCUGCCGGGCAAGCGCCUGCGCGCCCGCGCGCGCAGGAUCUGUCGGAGGCGGGCGUGACGCUGCUCAGAACCGCUGUCGAGAAGACCGCGGCGACGUUCCAGGCAAGCAUGGGCGCUGAUGCCGACGGAGCCGCGGACCUUCGACGAUUCCUGCAGUUGCCGAACGUGUCGAAGUGCCGCCUUUGGAAGAAGGAGUUCGGCGCGUACCCCCCGCGGGGAGUGGUGUCGCGCAUCGCGCGGCGUGCUGGGGUUCAAGUGGAUUCGUCCAUGGCCUUUCGCGGGCACGCCUCCCCGAAGCAGUUCAAGGCGGAGAAGCAGCCCGAGCGGGUCCGUGGCCUUCGCAGCGUCUGGACCGCCAAGGUCCGGGCGCAUUACCGUCGCCUCUUGAAGCCACUGCGAGUUGAGGGCCUGUGGGCCUGGCAGUCGGCGGCGCGGGCGAUCCGGGCCGCGGGGGUGCCCGUUCAGUCGGGCACCGUGCCCGUGGAGCGCCUGUGGGAGUGUCUUAAGGGGAUGCUCCCGCGGGGCGCUCGCACGGUGUCGCUGCGCUGGUUCAACGUCCUCAGCCAGCUCGCUUUCCUGCGGUUUAAUUACCGCCACUACGGCGCUGGUUGUUUGCCGCCGUGGGCAGAGCGAGACGCCCUGCUGGCGCAGCGCUUGGAGGCCGUUGUCAUGCUCGGGGUUGAGCUCGAGGAUGACGACGGCCUCGACCAUUUGAAGCACUUGUUCGCACCCUUCCUUUGA